UGAUCAAUACAGUCCGACGUCUAAUCAUAUCCUGAACCCGACAGGUGGCCAUCAGUGUGUCACGGAACACGGGCGAGUCCGACGGCUGUACACAUAAACCGCAUUCCAGCAAUACAACAGAGCGCAGUGCUCACGACAUACAUGCCCCAUCCUCAGAGGUUGUGCUAUCAAUAGCGUUGUCUCUGGCGGCCGCAUGAGAGCUCCAAGAGUCGAGACUAGGAGUACGACGUUGCAAAUUACGAUACGUGCGUUUUAACUCCUUCAGAAGCUACGUGACGGUCAAUCUGAUUACGCGGACGAGCCGCCGGCUCCCAGCAGACCUGAUGGGAUAAAGCUCGUCCAGCAGAAUGGGCACCGCAGCUUUAAAAAGCGCCCAACCCGUCUGCACGAUGAUGUCGAAAUUCUUCUCCCGCUCUGCUGAUCACAAUCAAAUUCCAAUUCCGUCGCAGGUUGCGCGGUCGGCUCCAGGGGAAUGCCGACUCAUCUUGAAUCUCAAUUCAGUUACAUCCAGGCAGCACCGACCGUCGCCACAAAACUCAGCUGAGCAUCUGGAACGCCUCCGCAUUCACGUACUGACUGAGAGCUAUUAUUAUCCAGCAUCUUAUCCACAAGUGAAUUUUAGCUGGUAUGGUGCCACGACGGCGCUGGUCUCGCCGCUCGUCACAUCAUUGGUUCGCGCAAAGUUGUUCGCCAUGAACCGAACAUCAUCCGUCAUGCCCGCAGCUUCCGUUUCCAAUCUCAGUACGCUUCCCUCACGUCAGUUCGACAUGGUACGGUCUAGUACGACAGGUAGGACCGUGCGGCGCCCCCCAGGGCCCUCCGAGACGGCGUCCCUUUACUCACACAUAUUCCCUGCAUCUCCCGAACGUACCUCGCUGACUGUAGUCCUCGAGGCAGGUUUACGGCCCCGAUUGCAGGCGCUCGCUCCAAUCCAAAUUGGCAUUCUCGGAGUGCGACCCGCGGACCACGCUCCAAUCAACGACCUAGAAGGCUCAUUGGAGAUUCAACAUUCCAGGGUGCCCUACGGAUCUGAUUCCGCACGUACCUAUAUGCGCUAUCAUGGAGCAUAACAAUGCAAAGCGAUUUUCUACACUGAUCGUCAAGCACACUUCGGAGCCGCGCGGUCCGGUUGCUGUUGAUGGUUAUCCUCAUCACAUGAUGCGUCGCACGGGUCCCCCUCUGCGCAAAUAUUGUUUGGGAUGACAA